UCGAGAUGGAACCACCACAGUCCAGGUAUGCUCAGCUCAGGCAGGAGUACGCGACGAUCCUCCGGAAGUGUGCCCGAUCGAGGCUGCUCGAGGACGGGAGGCGUGUCCAUGCCCGGAUCAUCCACAGCGGCCACACCCGCGACAGGUUCCUGGGUAACUUGCUCGUCCAGAUGUACAGAGAUUGCGGGAGGCUGGAAGAUGCCAGAGCGGUGUUCGAUAGCAUGCCACUCCGGAACGAAUUCUCCUGGGCGAUCAUCAUCUCGGCAUACGUUGGGGCCGGCAAGGAGCAAGAGGCGCUCUGUCUUUACCGAACUCUCGUCCGUUCCAGCACGGAGAUCCAGGCGGACGCGUUCAUCUUCUCCAGCGUUCUUGCCGCUUGCGCUAGAUUGAAAUGCCUGGAGCAGGGGCUGGAAAUCCACGAGCGAAUCGUGAAAAGAGGGGUCAAACAGGACGUGGGCCUUCAAAAUGCGCUAGUCACGAUGUAUGCCAAGUGCGGUAGAAUCGAUCGAGCGAAGCAGGUGUUCGAUCGGAUCACGCAUCGGGAUGUUGUGUCGUGGAACGCAAUGGUCUCAGCAAAUGCCGAAGCUGGGCAUUUGGAAGUAGCUUUGAAGAUCUACCAGGAGAUGGUGUCUGCUGGUGUGAAGCCCGAUGCUUUCACGUACGCGAGCGUUCUUAACGCGCUGGCGGGCUUGGGCCGGAUAGAAGAGGCAGUGCUGCUCCAUUCCCGGCUGGGCUCCCAGAUCGAGACAGAUACCAUCGUCGGCACCGCGCUCGUCAGCUUGUACACUGGCUGUGGGAGAUUGGACUGUGCGAGAUCGGCAUUCCGAAAGAUCUCUAGGAGAGAUGUUCUUUGCUGGAGCACGAUGAUCUCGGCAGAAGCCAUGGCGGGGCACGACAGGGAAGCGCUGGAGCUAUACAGGGAGAUGAUCCUCAGCGUGAGGCCCAACGCUUCCACACUCGCGACUGUUCUCGCCGCUUGCACGCGCUUGGGCGAUCUUUCCUCCGGCGCCCUCGUUCGCGACGGAGCGAUCCAGUCCGGCCUCGACAGGGACGCAGUCGUUGGCACGACGCUCGUCAAUCUCUACGCGCGGUUUGGGGAUGUGAUCGCCGCACGGGAGGUGUUUGAUCGGAUCAAGGCGAGGGACACCAUCUCCUGGACUGCGAUGGUGGCGGCGUAUGCCCAGCACGGGCAUGGCAGGCAAGCGAUGGAGAUCUUCCAGGCGCUGUGCUUGGAGGGGAUCCAUCUCGACGAGGUGGCCUUCACUAACAUCCUGGGGGCGUGCAGCCACUCGGGAUUGCUGGACGAGAUCUGGGAGUGCUUCGUGGCGAUGAGAUGUGAUCACGGGAUUCAUCCGGGGGCGGAGCACUACAGGUGUUUGAUCAGCGCUCUUGGGCGAUCGGGCAGGAUCGGUGAGGCGGAGGAGCUGAUCAAGAGCAUGCCAUUCCAGACGGAUUCGAGGGCGUGGAUGGCGCUGCUGGAUGCAUGCAAAACCCAUAAGAGCUUCGAGGUUGGAGCUGGCGCUGGAAGUGCGAUGCUCCAGAGCUCGCGGCUGGGUGGUGGUGAUGGAUCUUUAUAUGUGGCAGUGUCCAAUCUAUACGACAGCCAUUGUUGAGCGAGCAGAUAUAAGCAUUGUUAAGAAGAUAGGCUGCCAUCUGCUCUAUUAUUUAAAUAAACGGCUUCUAUUGCUUACAAUUAGGAAUAAUUUCAAUAUCUCUCACACCUA